UUUUAGUUUUUACCGGGGACUAUACAAAAGGUUAUAUAAUAUUAUUUAUAUUACAUCCUUGAAAACCGAUGAAGAUAAGCCGGUUCCUGAUAAUGUUUACUGAUAAUUGAUAAUAACUAAAAGUACUUUUCAAAAUGUCUCUCCCGGCGAAAACUUUUUUUAGAUCAUUUUCCACAUGCAAUAUACGAUACGGAAAGAGAAAUUUCAAAAAUUUUAUACUGUAUAAUCGAGGAACAAAUCAGUUUAGAAAACAACAAGAAGAAAACCCAAAUAAAGAUUUUCAAAUUACUGAUUAUGGAAUACGAGAUACCACUGUCAGAGUUGGUCGCAAAUUUAUAACUAUCCAAGAAAAAAUUCCAGAUAUUAUUGUUCCGGAUUUGGAUGAUUUCAAUUUGAAACCAUAUGUAUCCUAUAGAGCUCCUGAAAUUACUCAAUCUGAAUUUACAGCAAAAGAUUUAUUCAAUGCUGUUUAUCGCAAAAAGAUUGUUGACGACUUUAAGAACAAUAAGCUGAAAGAAAACUUUGACCCCAUUGAACCCAAUGAGGAAGAAUCAUUAACACCUGAACAAGCUAAACUAAAAGCGAGGCAAACAGGCAGUGAUAUGUUCUCACAAGGCAGAUAAAUUAAAAUCCUUUGUUUAUUGGUAGAUUUUUGUACACAUGUUGUUUUCUAUUUAUUAAAAGUUUAGUUGUAAUAUAGUUUUAUACUAUAUAUACCAAUAAUGAUCAA